AUGCCUAAUGUACAGUAUACUGUUUUGAAGUUGACUAAACAUUUUGUUAAGGACCUUUAUUUCUAUAUUUCAGAAAAUGAAAGGCAUUCGUCAUCGGAUCUUCUUGUGUGGAAGGAAGUCGGUAUUGCAUUUGGCAAUUGGUCUGACAUUCGUCAAACCGAACUUGAUAUUUCGUGCUCAAAGUCUGUCCAACACAAUGGCACUCUUUACGCUCAUAUCUAUCUCACGCAGUCGGGUAUAUCUCCAGAUAGCCAAAUAGCUCGUGCCAAUCCCGACGGAAGCCUUUAUAUUCGCAAAUUGCUUACUCGCUAUAUGCCAAAAAAGGCGGAUACGAUUAAAAAGAAGCUGGUGGCAAGAGAUUCAAAAUCAACUCAAAGCUCAUCUACUAGUGCUGAUCUCGACGACGAAUCCAGCACCAAUCAUCCAAACAUAGACUCUGGUAUUGCCGAAUCAUCCAAGCCUCUGCCUAUUAUCUCAUACUGGUGGCCAAAUGUUACCAUCAACAUCGUGGCUUCUGAUGAUGAUAUUCCAGCAGCUAAUCUAAGACUGGCACAAGAUAAUUUCCAUUUUCUUCCAAUUUACUAUGUAAAUGAUUUCUGGCUUCUUAAUGAUCAAAUUCAUCCCAUUAACGAUACCAUCAAAACCCUUCAUAUGAGUAUCAGAUAUGCCCCCAUUGAACUUUGGCGCUUUCAACUUUACCAACAAUUUGACGAGUCUUUUCGCCUUCAGCAUGAAAUGAUGGGUGUUCAAACCCAUGAAACCGAUGUUAUGAAGCGGAUGUUUAUUGAAACAAAUCCGGUUCUUCUGGCAGUAACCAUGUUUGUUUCGAUUCUCCACAGUGUUUUUGAUUUUCUGGCUUUUAAAAAUGACAUUGAUUUUUGGAGAAAGAGAAAAGACAUGGAGGGUUUAUCAUUUCGCGCAAUUAUUCUCAAUGUCGUGUUUCAAGCAAUUAUUUUCCUGUAUCUAUUGGACAACGAAACAUCUUGGAUGAUUUUGGCAUCAAAUGGUGUCGGACUGCUGAUUGAAAUUUGGAAGAUCAACAAGACUGUUAUAAUCAAGAGAAAACCUGAAUUUCCGUUUGUGGAGUUUAUUGAUCGAGUAAAACCGUCGAAACUAACUGAAAAAACUCGGAAAUUCGAUCAGAUGGCUUUUGGUUAUCUGUCAUACGCUCUUUUCCCCCUGUUGGUAGCCUACACGAUCUAUUCGUUAGUUUAUGAAGAACACAAGAGCUGGUAUUCGUUUGUUGUGGGCACUUUAGUUGGAUUUGUCUAUACUUUUGGAUUUAUUAGCAUGACACCUCAACUUUUUAUCAACUACAAGCUAAAGUCUGUAGCUCAUAUGCCCUGGAAGACGUUCAUGUAUAAGGCCUUGAAUACCUUUGUUGACGAUCUUUUUGCUUUUGUCAUCAAAAUGCCAUGGUUGCACCGACUUGCCUGUCUUCGUGACGAUGUUGUGUUUGUAGUGUAUUUAUAUCAAAAAUGGGUGUAUCCUGAAGACAAGCGUCGCCGUAACGAAUUUGUAUGUAUUUUUGGAUGCUCGUUGGAAAUCGAAUAUUUAAGCUUUACUAUGCUUGGCUCGUUUUAUCUUUAG